AUGAAUCAUCGAGAGAGCCAAAUGACCCGGAUUCUGAUAGGUACAAAUCCCCUCGACGAUCAGAUUCUUUGCAGAAAAAUCCUCGUAGUUGAGGAAUGGGACUGGCGCUAUCGUGACGAUCAAGAAGGUGUCUAUGGCACUGGAGCCCGACUGGAAGGACCGGACCGUCUGAUUCAACACGUUGCUGCUGCGGCCGCGGCACUAGACGGCAUCGAUGUCGAGGAGGUCAGAAGUGAUUUUGACCCCAGGAGGAGAAUGCGCGAUUGGCUCGUCGUCACCAAGAAGAUCCGGCAGCCUUGGGAAAACCGGACCAGCCUGCUUGCAUCCCCAGUCCCCCCCUCCGCUGGCCUCCCGCCGCGCGAGCUCUGGCAUCUCUUCGGAUCUCCGCGGAGUUUCGGGCGUAGGGCAAGGGUGAGGAAAAUCAACCCCAAGGAGCUCAAAACCUUGCUCUUCCUGCGCGAGAUCAUCUAUCACCGGUGGGAGUUGCAGAACAAGGGUAUCAUGUCAGACGAACAGUUCCAGGAGCCGCAACGGAGAGCCGACCUCUGGGACUGGGCGUUGUAUUGUUAUGACGGGUUGCUUCGGCUUUUGCAAUUUCAGAACGGCAAAAAGCCAGAGGGAUACCUGAAGAGGAAGAUUUGA